AGCCUCCUCAACUGCUCUACUGAGGACUCAGACUCUCUCUCUCUCUCUCUCUCUGUUUUCAACUUCUAGGGCUCAGUUCAGUGUUCUUCUGAAUGGAGGUCGAGGCUCAGAGCCUUUCCAACUUCGAUCUCACUGCAAGCUCGCCAUUCUCCUACUCAGAGCUCCAGAAACAGGAGUUUCGGGGCUCCGAAAUGCCACAGUCUCCGGCGGAUCACCGUGAGAGGCGCAGCGGCUGUGCGACGCGCGAGGACUCCAAAAUGGCUGCGCCGCUGCCAGUCGAUGGGCCCCAGCGGGAGGUUGCUGAGGAGGACAACGUUCCGAUUCCGGCCGUUGUACCGGCGAUUUGCAAGUCGAGUGCGGCGAUGAAGGUGCAGAAGGUUUACAGGAGUUACCGGACCAGGCGCAUGUUAGCGGACUCCGCCGUAGUCGCUGAAGAGCUCUGGUGGCUAGCGAUCGACUAUGCUCGAUUGAGUCGCAGUACAAUCUCCUUCUUCAAUUUUUCGAAACCGGAGACGCCGGCGUCGCGGUGGAACCGAAUCAUCUUGAAUGCUUCUAAGGUGGGUAAAGGUUUAUCCAAGGACGCAAAAGCACAAAAACUGGCUUUCCAACACUGGAUUGAAGCCAUUGAUCCUAGGCAUCGUUAUGGGCAUUGCUUGCAUAAGUAUUAUGAAGAAUGGUGCAAAACUGAUGCUGGUCAACCAUUCUUCUAUUGGUUGGAUGUCGGAGAUGGCUCGGAGGUUGAUCUUAAAGAUUGCCCAAGAUCAAAGCUUCGACAACUAUGUAUCAAAUACCUUGGACCUCAAGAGAGGGAACAUUAUGAAUAUAUUGUAAUGGAGGGGAAGAUAGUGCACAAACUUAGUGGAACUUUGCUCCAUACAACUGAGGCAAAGCCUGAGGUGAAAUGGAUAUUUGUCAUGAGCACCUCCAAGAAACUUUAUGCUGGUCAGAAAAAGAAAGGAGUGUUUCAUCAUUCCAGCUUCCUUGCUGGAGGGGCUAGUUUAGCUGCUGGAAGGCUUGAAGCAGAGGAUGGAAUACUUAGGUCAAUAUCUCCAUAUAGCGGACAUUACCGGCCAACUGAAGACAGUCUAGACGGCUUGUUAUCAUUCCUUAAGGAAAAUGGAGUGAACAUUGAUGAAGUUGAAAUACGCAAGGCAAAUGAAGAUUAUGAGAACUUGGAAGAGAGAAAAUCAAGCAGAGAAGAAAUUGCAUCUGAAUUUUCAACAAAUUUGGACUCCCCAGACCUUGAUAUACCCAAGCAAGAGGAAAAAGAUAACUCACCAGUACCAACUGAGGCCCCCGAAACCGAAACCAAAAACAACUACACCUACAGGAGGACUCUAUCCGGUGGUCUCAAAAGCCCAAGAGCCGAGGUGCCCAAGACAGCUAUAUUGGAAAGGAUUAAUUCGAAGAAAGCAGCCCGCUCAUAUCAGUUGGGUUAUCAACUAUCGAGGAAAUGGUCAACUGGUGCGGGUCCAAGAAUUGGUUGCGUCGCUGACUACCCUGUGGAAUUGCGGUUACAGGCCCUUGAGUUUGUCAACCUCUCCCCGAGAACUCCUCAAACCCCGUCAAGCUACGGGCUCAUGGCUGGCCUUGCGUCGCCUAGAUCAUGUCUUGCAUCGGAUCUCCAUGAUGGUAACUCGACCUCCAAUGUCUAAAUCCGUAGCUGUUACCCCUCCCAACUCCUUAUUGUUUUUUGCUUUUAGGGGCUUUUGGCUUGUGUAAAUUCCUCUACUUUCUAUGUUUUACUUGGGUGCCCUUUGAGCUAUCUUCAUCUCAAUUUUCUUAUCAGUCUCCAUUUAGCUUUUUCCUGCAGAAUCAGUGUUGCAAUACAAAUGUAAAUUCCUGGUCUUUUUAUGUUU